AUGGAUGAAAGUGAGCCAUCAAAGUAUAUAGAAAAAAUUAUUCUUGAAAUUCUCGAUCGUCGACGUUUUUAUUUUCAUCAAUGGCAAAUUCGUCGUAUUAAGAAAUUUAAUAUUGCAAGAUUUAAUGCAAGUGAAGCAGCUUAUGCUUUUCUUAAACAAUAUAAUGGAGAAACUUUUGUUAAAGCUCAAAAAAUUAUUGUUCGGUACAAUAAUCAAGAAAUACGUCUUUGUGUACGUGAUUUGAUUUGUGCUGAAAUUAAAUGGCCGACAACAAUAAGCAAUCAAAUGAAUCGAUUAGAAUUAGAAAAUGAUAAAAAUGAAUUGACAAGAUUGCAUAGCAUACCAUCGUUUUCAGGUAAAGUAAUUAUACCUAUGAACAACCAACGAAUUAUUCAUAUUAAUGGCGAUUAUUCUUUAAUUGAUGCUGAUAAGAGAGAUAAUGUCAGUACUUCAAUUGACCGAUAUAUGUCAUGCAACGAUCAAGAUAAUAAUCAAUUGUUAUCAAUGAGUUCUGGAACGGAAAAUGUUCCUAGUUCAUUAUAUCAUGAUUGUCGAGUUCAUCAACCACCUUCCAGUCCACAAAGAUUUAUUGCUUAUGAUGAUAGAAGUCUUCCAUCGAGUAGUCAUACGAUGGAUGAUGAAAGUCAUUGUCGAAGUUCAAUUUUUAUUUAUAUUGAUCAAAUUAAAAGUCAUUAA